AUGACGUCCUUACCGCGACUGACGGGAGCUUUACGAGCAUUUGCCAAUGUUAGCAGAGACACAGGGAUAUCACUCACUGAUGAGCAUCAAGAGUUAGUUCGUAAGCGACAGCUUGCAGCAAAGAAACAGACAGAUACUGUCAGCUGGCAGCGACUGACGGAGGUUAUAAACAAAGAAGCUGAUGUGUCAAAGGAGGAAGUGAAAGCAGCUCUCAAAGAACUAACUCAGUACGCCAAAUCAAUAGUGGGAUCAGAAGCAGAUUUAGAGACAAUAGAGAGUUCAGCAGCAUUCCUGUUUGAACUUCUCAAGUCUGCUAAUAUUGUUGGGAAAAAAGAGACAACAAAACUUCGACAGAUCUUCGGACCAUUUCCAGCCUCAGCAGCCAGCAAUGCAUGUUCAUUGGUCAACAAAAUAGUGUCAUGGUUACCAGAAAACACACUUGAUUCCCUUGGUAACCAGGACCGACAGGAGGCAGAUGGAGAAGCCAGUGUCAAGGAGUUCGGGAUGAACAUUAAGUUCAUAGGUCAAAGUCCAGAAUCUUAUUUUGAGGACGAGGAUUUUAGUUCGGAUUCUGAUGAAGGUGAGAGGAGAGAGCUGGAUCUGAAAUAUGUAGCUUCCCAUAAACCAAUCGCUGCCAAGAGGGAAUCACCUGACAAGGAAAGGUAUGAUGCGUCAUGGCUACAAAGGGAGGUAAUCAAGUAUUUUCCUGGGGAGGAAAAUUAUCUGGGUAUGAGUAGAGAGGACUUAUGCUCCACCAUAUUUGAUGUUCUGACAGCAUCCAACUCAGACGAAGAACUUCAAAAUAAUCUCUUUGAGCUUCUGGGCUUUGACAGAUUUGAACUCAUCCAAAGUUUGAUUCAAAACAAAAGAAAAAUUAUAGAGGGAGCUUUAACUCGACCAGAGAGCAGUAAACAAACACGAGCUAAAGCUGAUGGAGGAAACAGGCCACCAGUUACCCGGCCCACCUAUGGUUGUCAAGUUACUGUACAGACAGAGGAUGAGAAGCAUCUGAUGAAGAUAAUGAGGAAGGAGGAGAAGAGAGACAGGAGGAGAGACGAGGAGGAGGAAGAUGUGGGCUUCCUCUUCAAUCCUCAGCAACUCAGGGCUCAAAGAGAAGCUGCAUUAAAGGCCCCCGCUCCAAUGUUCAGUGGGGGCAGGGGAGGUUACACACCCCGAGAGAAAUAUCCCUAUGUAUUCGACUCCAUGGAAGAGGCCAGACAGUCCUCAGCUUUCAUUGGAGGAGUCAAGAUGGUUUUACCAGACACGUUCACCAGGAAGAGUACCAAGUUAGCAGAGGAGGUCAGGAUCCCCCACACGGAGGCCCAGGCCACAAAUGUGGGGGACAAGAGGGUACAGAUCGCUGACCUAGACGAUGUUGCUAAGCUAGCGUUUAAGAACACCAAGGCCCUGAAUCGUAUCCAGUCAGUUGUAUUUGAUGCUGCAUACAAGACGAAUGAGAAUCUGUUGAUUUGUGCCCCCACUGGUGCUGGGAAGACAAAUAUUGCCAUGUUAACAAUACUUCAUGAGAUGAAACAGCACAUAUCACAGGGGGUCAUUAAAAAGGAUGAGUUCAAGAUAAUUUAUGUGGCCCCUAUGAAAGCGUUGGCUGCAGAGAUGGUCCGUAACUUUGGGGGUCGAUUAGAACCACUCGGAAUUGCUGUCAAGGAACUUACAGGAGACAUGCAGUUAUCAAAGUCUGAAAUAAUGAAAACACAGAUGUUGGUGACAACACCAGAGAAGUGGGACGUGGUGACUCGUAAGAGUACUGGGGAUGUGGCACUGACCCAGCUGGUCAAGUUACUAAUUAUAGACGAGGUCCAUCUUCUUCAUGAUGACCGAGGGUCAGUCAUAGAGAGCCUGGUAGCCAGAACCAUCAGACAGGUGGAGAGCUCCCAAAGUAUGAUUCGUAUCAUUGGUUUAUCUGCCACCCUCCCUAACUACAUUGAUGUGGCCCGAUUCCUUCAUGUCAAUCCUUAUGUAGGACUCUACUUCUUUGAUGGAAGGUUUAGACCAGUCCCUCUCGGACAAACAUUUGUAGGAAUUAAGGCGACCAGUAAAGUUCAGUUUCUGCAGGACAUGAACACGGUUUGUUAUGACAAGGUCCUGGAACAAGUCAGGCAGGGUUACCAGGUGAUGGUGUUUGUUCAUGCUCGGAAUGACACUGUCAGGACGGCCAUGGUCCUCCGAGAAAUCGCCAAAAACAACGGAGAGAUGGGGUUCUUCUCUCCAGAGCAGUCCGCUCAGUAUGGGCAGGCAGAAAAAUCAACACUGAAAUCUCGUAACAAGCAGCUUAAGGAGCUGUUCCCCGAUGGUUUUGGAAUUCACCACGCAGGCAUGCUCAGACAGGACAGGAACUUGGUGGAAAGAUAUUUCGCGGCAGGACACAUUAAAUGUCUGGUGUGUACAGCCACGCUAGCCUGGGGAGUCAACCUGCCUGCUCAUGCUGUCAUCAUUAAGGGCACAGAGAUUUAUGAUUCUAAGAAGGGAGCUUUUAUAGAUCUGGGAAUUCUGGAUGUCAUGCAGAUCUUUGGGCGAGCCGGUCGUCCACAGUUUGACAAGUUUGGACACGGUACGAUCAUCACGGCACAUGAGAAGUUGUCUCAUUACCUGUCACUGAUGACGCGACAGAAUCCAAUAGAGAGUCAGUUUGUGAACAGUCUGACAGACAACCUUAACGCCGAGAUAGCUCUGGGUACAGUGACUAACAUUGAGGAAGCAGUGAAGUGGCUGAGUUACACCUACCUGUAUGUCAGGAUGAGGUGUAAUCCUCUGGUCUACGGUAUCAACUAUAAUGCUGUGGAGAAUGACCCGUUGUUGGAGCAGCAUCGUCGAGAUUUGAUUGUGGAUGCAGGUAGGAAGCUGGACAAGGCCCAGAUGGUCAGGUUUGAUGAGAGGACCGGUUAUUUUGCCUCCACAGACCAGGGCCGUAUUGCCAGCCACUUCUACAUCAAGUACGACACGGUCGAGGUGGUGAAUGAGCAUUUAAAGCAAAUUAUGACAGAGGCAGAUGUAUUUGCACUGUUGUCCAAGUCUCAAGAGUUUGACCAAAUCAAGGUCCGUGAUGAUGAGAUGGAUGAAUUGGACGACAUUCUCCACAACAUCUGUGUGAUGCAGGUGCUUGGCGGAUCAGAGAACACCUACGGUAAAGUCAACAUCCUGUUACAGGCCUAUGUGUCCCGACACAACAUGGACGCGUUCUCUCUGGUCUCAGACCAGGCUUAUGUGGCUCAGAAUGCUGGUAGGAUAGUUAGAGCCCUGUUUGAAGUCAGUUUGAAGAAAGGUUGGCCAGUGAUGGCAGGGCGACUUCUGAACCUUUGUAAGACGAUAGACAAGCGACUCUGGGGGUUUGAGAACCCUCUCCGACAGUUCCCCCUCCUCACCAAUGAAAUCCUCAACAAACUGGAGGCCAAGAAACUGACCGUGGACAAACUGAAGGAAAUGGACCCUAAGGAAAUAGGUCACAUGGUUCACCAUCCUAAAAUGGGUGGAGUGAUAAAGAAAUGUGUGAAUCAGCUUCCCUCAUUGGAUCUAGAGGCCAGUAUUCAGCCAAUCACACGGACCGUACUAAGAGUGAGACUCUCUAUUCAGCCGGAAUUCAGAUGGGAUGACAAGGUACAUGGCAGUACAGCUGAAUCGUUCUGGAUCUGGGUGGAGGAUCCUGAUAAUAAUCACAUCUACCACUCAGAGUACUUCCUACUGCAUAAAAAACAGGUGCUAGCAGGGGAAGCCCAGCAGUUGGUGUUCACUAUCCCUAUCUUUGAGCCCCUCCCCUCCCAGUACUACGUGAGAGCCGUGUCAGAUCGCUGGUUGGGAUCUCAGAGUUCAUGUGCAAUAUCAUUUCAACAUCUCAUCUUACCUGAAAGGCAUCCCCCUCAUACAGAGUUACUGGACCUAACCCCCCUCCCUAAGUCUGCCCUAGACGACCCUGCAUUGGAGGCCCUCUACAAGUUUUCUCACUUUAACCCGAUCCAGACCCAGAUCUUCCAUGUCCUGUAUCACACAGACACUAACGUCCUACUGGGGGCCCCCACGGGGUCCGGAAAAACUGUGGCAGCAGAGAUGGCUAUAUUUAGAGUGUUCAGAGAGUAUCCCAAAGCUAAGGCUGUGUAUAUAGCUCCUCUGAAAGCCUUAGUCAGGGAGAGAAUGGAAGACUGGAAGGUCAGGAUAGAACAAAAACUGGGUAAAAAGGUGGUGGAGUUGACAGGGGAUGUAACUCCUGACAUGAGGGCGGUGGCCAAUGCUGACCUGAUUGUGACGACCCCAGAGAAGUGGGACGGGGUCAGUAGGAGCUGGCAGACCAGGAGUUAUGUCAAGGCCGUGUCUCUACUCGUCAUUGACGAGAUACAUCUACUGGGUGAUGACAGAGGACCAGUGUUGGAGGUCAUUGUUUCCCGUACUAACUUUAUCUCCUCCCACACAGAGAAGCCUGUCAGAGUGGUCGGUCUGUCUACAGCGCUGGCUAACGCCCGAGAUCUGGCUGACUGGCUCGGAAUCAAACAGAUGGGCCUGUAUAAUUUCCGUCCCUCGGUGCGACCUGUGCCCCUAGAGGUUCACAUCCAUGGAUUCCCUGGCCAGCACUACUGUCCACGAAUGGCUACCAUGAAUAAACCAACCUUUCAAUCCAUAAAAACUCACUCCCCGGAGAAGCCGGUCCUUGUGUUUGUGUCGUCACGGAGACAGACUCGGCUGACUGCCCUUGACCUGAUUGCCUUCCUUGCUGCGGAGGAUAACCCCAAACAAUGGCUUCAUAUGGGGGAAAUGGAGAUGGAAAACAUCAUAUCAGGUAUUAAAGAUACAAACCUGAAGCUAACUCUGGCAUUCGGAAUUGGUCUUCAUCAUGCUGGCUUGAUAGAACGAGACAGAAAAGUCUGUGAAGAACUCUUUGUCAAUCAGAAAAUACAGUUUGUGAUUCUAGAUGUGCUCCAGAUGAUGGGUCGCGCAGGUCGGCCUCAGUUUGACGACCAAGGAGUGGCCAUGAUCCUGGUACAUGACAUCAAGAAACAUUUCUACAAGCGGUUCUUGUACGAACCAUUUCCUGUGGAGUCCAACCUGUUGGAGGUACUCCCUGACCACAUGAACGCCGAGAUUAUAGCAGGCACAGUGACGUCCAAACAAGACGCCAUGGACUACAUCACGUGGACUUACUUCUUCCGACGCCUUGUACAGAAUCCUACAUAUUAUAACUUGGAUGGUACAGAUUUUGACUCCAUCAACAAGUUUCUGUCAUCUCUUGUGGAGAAGGCUCUGUAUGAGCUGGAGUGUUCCUACUGUAUCGAGAUAGAUGAUGACCAGAGAGGUGUCCGACCUUUGACCCUGGGGAGGAUAGCAUCCUAUUAUUACCUGAACCACAAGACCAUGAGGAUGUUUAGGGAUGAACUUAAGGCUGAGUGUACCAUGUCAGACCUCAUACAGAUUCUCUCUGAUGCAGAGGAGUAUGCCCAGUUACCUGUCAGACACAAUGAGGACCAAAUUAACAGUGAACUUGCCCAGAAGGUGCCCCUGGAGGUGAACCCCCACACUUACGACUCCUCCCACACCAAGACCCACAUCCUGUUACAGUGCCACUUUGGUCAGCUGCCCCUCCCCUCCACCGACUACAAUACUGACACCAAGUCAGUACUGGACCAAGCCAUCAGAAUUCUACAGGCCAUGCUGGACGUCAGCGCAGAUGAGGGAUGGCUAGUGACCUCCCUUAGAAUUACACAGCUCAUUCAGAUGGUUGUUCAAGGUCGAUGGUACCAUGACAGUGCCCUCUUGACCUUACCUCACAUGACCCCAUAUCAUCUCAGUUGCCUAAGACCCAGAGGUGGAGGAGCCAAGAAAAAAGGCUUCCCUGAUAUACAGGGCCCUAUACAGACCCUCCCAGAAUUCCUUGCUGUGUGUGAUGGGAAGUUUGAUGCUGUAAUGGCUUUGCUCGGGGAUGACAUGCAGAGGAAUCAGGUGGACCAGCUCUACCAGGUGAUCGGGACCCUGCCUCAGAUACAGGUCAACAUAGAGGUCAAAGGUUGGUGGGAAGGAGGCAUAGGUCAACAGGAAGCCAGGAAGGUCAACAAAUCACACACAGGUGGUCGUAGACCUGACAGUGAUUGGAUUCCAGUACACGCAGACCAAGAGUAUGUCAUAGAGGUCAGCCUACAAAGAAUCAACAAACUCAAGGAUGAGGGCUCUGGCACAAGGUUUCCCAAGCCCAAGGAUGAGGGCUGGUUUCUGAUUGUGGGGGACAUUGAGAAUCGUGAAGUGAUGGCCCUGAAGAGAGUGAGUUACAUCAGGGGGUCAUCUAAACAGUCGUUAGCCAUCUACACUCCGGAGAACACAGGACGUGUGAUCUACACCCUGUACUUGAUGAGUGAUUCCUAUCUAGGGCUGGAUCAGCAGUAUGACAUUUGUCUGGAUGUUAUUCCGGCCAGUAUAGAGACACAAGUCAACACAGAAAUAGCUAACGAACUGGAGGAACUGGAUUUUGAGGAAUCCUGAUGACUCGGAUUUCUGGAUUUGUACUCCCGAGUUCUAUCUGGAUUUAUACUUUGUGUUCUGUGAUAAGCUGGAGAGAGGUCUGUUAAACUAACAGAGGGUGUGACAUUCACUGUUAUUUGAUUUUCAAUCAAAAUAAAGGAUCUGUUAAUUUCUUUCAGAAAAUUAUGCUGAAAAUGUUAUAUUUAUUGAGACAUUAAAAUCAUGAAAUCAUUAAAAUUUUCUUUCUUUU